AUGACGUUCCAGACUCCCCAAAAUAAAUGUUCAUUGGAGGUUCAUUCUCUCGGCAAGGUUGAUGGCUGGCACUAUGCAGACGGAGUGGAGCAGUACUGUGGGAUUCCAUACGCAGACCUUCCCAAACGCUGGACGCGUUCUGAAUUGAAGACUUCGUGGCCGAACAAAUACCACGAUGGGACUCAGCUGGGCCCGAUAAAUCCAUUCAUUCCAGUGCCUCCAAACCCAGCGUUCACAAAAAGCCCCAUAAGCGACGAAAAGACCGCGCUUAUCUUGAAUAUCGCCACGGCUCAGCAACCCUCAACUGAGCCAGCUAAGCAAAAGCUUCCUGUCUUCGUAUGGAUUCAUGGUGGAUCCUUAUUAUUCGGAAGCGCAAACUACGGCAUAUACGACACGGUAAAUCUCGUUUCACAAAGCAAGUCCAUUGGACUCCCAGUCGUCGCCGUGAGUAUCAACUAUAGACUCGGACUGGGGGGGUUUCUGGCCGGCGCGAAGAUUGCAGAAGAGUUGAAGCGGGACGGGUUCGCUGGCAACGGCAAUUUCGGUUUCACAGAUCAAAAGGUCGCCCUUGACUGGGUACAUAGGUACAUUGAGAAUUUCGGAGGAGACUCCAACAAUGUGACGGUUGUGGGGCAAUCAGCUGGAGGCGUCAGUAUUGGUCACCAUAUGGCUUCGAAUCACCCGAUGAAGUUCCACCGUGCAAUUUGUAUGUCUGGUGUUGGGACAACUUUGAGCGCAAUGUCACUAGAGGAUCAUGAGAACCUGUUCGAAAGCACGUGUCGGUUUUUCGAUAUUGAUUCGCUUGCUCCAGAUGCAUUGGAUCGAUUGCGCCAAGUUGAUCAGCAAGUCCUGGCUGAUGCAGACCAUAUUAUUCAGGGUGUACCGGCCGGUACUGGAAAUCCAUGUCUAGACGGUUGGUUCUAUGCACACGAUCCUCAAGUGCUCACCGAAUCACCUACCUGGGUGAAGUCUUUCAUGUUUGGUGAUGUUCAUGACGAGGGAGUUAUAUUCAUUCUGAAUCUCAGAAAGGACACAUAUAAUACCGUUCGAGCCACGCUCAUGAAGCAUGUUCAAGAUGAGGAUUUCCUCAACAGCGUAUUCAGUGAAUAUGGCAUUUCACCAGACCUGACUCAGAAUGUACUCCUCGAAAGGGUAUGCACCAUGGCCGCCGACGCGGUAUUCAAGAUUAAGAAUUAUCAGUCCGGAAUCGUGAACAACAGACUGAGAGAAGAGGGCGCACUCUUCGAAUAUCAUUUUGACCAGCGCUCUCGCAUCCGCAAUACUCUACUGGGCAAAUCGUACCACGGCUUUGACGUGAUUUAUCUAUUCCGAAAUCUUGACACUGAGCUGAAUGAAGCGGAACGCGCGAUGGGGACCGAUCUUCAAAAUGCUUGGCUUCGAUUCGUUCAUGGCCAGGCGCCAUGGGAAAAAGAAAUUGAUACUAGUCUGUGGAUGAUUUGGGGCCCUGAUUCUCAACAGAAACUUGAGACAGAAGAACAAGAUGAGCCUGUUCGCCACUAUUCUCGGUUUAAACGAGUGAUUUCACUCGGCUCUGGCGGCUUAUGGAGAAAAUAUCUGAAAGGGCUAGAUGCCCUGGUUAUGAAACGGGAAAAUGCUGGAAAGUUUGAGAAAGAAGAGAUUGAAAGAGUUUGA